AUGGACUUCCGUUUGGGUCUUAGAGCAUCUCCACUCCUCCCUGACGAGGCCCCCGAACGACGUUUUUUUCAUCCGGACGGCGAAAUUUGGCCCAGUCGCGCCCCUGGUUCCUCGAUUUCGUCCGGAUUUGGGCCUAAAUUCAUCCGGCGAUCCCACGCCAUCCCCGGCCCCCUGGGGAGCGCUCGGGGACUCCGGACGAAACGAAAACGCGGGAAACGGCGAGGAAACUUCCCGCGCGUCUGGUGGCCCCAACUUGUCGGCAAGAGACACCGAUCGUCGUCCUCAUCGCAUCGUCUUCCGCGCGCUGUAAAAGCCUGCCGCCGUUCAGCAUUCGCCGGCCGCGUAUUCCACGCGGCGAGUUAAUGUCGUCGCAUCGUCUUCCGCACACGCAUCGUCUUCCGCGCACGCAUCGUCUUCCACGUGGCAUUAAUCGCCGGCGCCCCCCGCGCCUAUAUAAGCCGCUCCGCUCGCCGCGACGCCCUUGCUCCACUCUUCCUCCAUUCUCCCUCCACUCACCCUCCACCUCCACCUCCAACGAUGGCGUUCUACGACGACGACGGCGCAUCCAACAACGGGUUCCCCCGCCAAUCUCUCCACACGUGGGAGGGGCACCUCCUCCACCAGGCGGGGUACCCCUGCCCGCCGGACACGAGGCCCCCCGGCGGCGGGUGGCGGCUAAGCGCUGGUGGCGUGCCAAUCCCGCCGCCGCCCCAGGGCCACGCCCUCGACGUCGCCAUCGAGGAGGCGCGGAUGGCGAUGACGGAGGAAGAACGCGCCGACCUGCGCCACCACCCCGAGAACUACACUCGGUGGAAUUCGUUCUUCCUCCGGCGGUGGGAGUGCGAACUGGCAUCCUACGACGGCCCGCCACCUCCGCCUCCGCGCAACAACGCCGCGGGUCGCCGGCGUUGGUGGAGCGCGCCGGAUAGGACGCUCCACAACGUCCUCGAGCACAUCGAGGGCGGCAACUCGCCGAGGCUCACGAUGCCCCCUCCAUCGAGGGCAUCGACCAGCCGCCAAUGGGGAAACAGCUGGCAGGCAAGGGGUAUGGCUGCCAGUUCCUCGUCGUCCGGUUCGGCGGCGAGGUCGAUCUCCAGGUCGGCGCCAUCCUUGGCGCCGGUGAAAAAGGAGCCGGAUUCCCCGCCGAGGCACCGCACGCGCGGCGGCGGCAUCGUCAUCCGCGAGCCAUCGACGGCACAAGGACGGCGCCGUCCCAAGCGCGACCACGACACCUCUGGCGAGCGGAAGCGCAAACCGGCCAAGGUGAAGGUGGAGGAGGCCGACACCGCCGAGGACGCCGCCAUCCUCGAAGCCGUCAUCGCGAGGUCCCUCCAGGACCUCGUGCCCGCCGAGAACGCCAUGCCGCUCGACCAGGCCUGCGCCUGGUCGAGGGAGCAGUGAGAGAAGGAGGAAGCGGAGCGGCAGGCGAGGCUCCUCAAGGACGCCGCUCGCUUCCGGCGGCCUGCGACUCCUCCAUCCGGUGCCGUCGUCCCCGUCGUCGACCUCGAAGCCUCCGACGACGAGCUGUACAAGCCAUCACCGUCCCCGCCUCUUACCAGCGGCCGGUGGGGAGACGCCGGCCAAGGCAGCAGCCAUGCGGCUUCGGCGCCGCCACAGUUCGACGACGACGACGACGAUGGCGGCGACUACACGGUGUUCUACCGCUAUUUCGGCAUGUAGAUCGCCGUGUUUUUAUAUUUACAGUUGUAUUCCCCUGGCCGAAUUCGAAAUAUAGUCGAAUUCGGUCUCUAUAUGUACGAACUCCGCCCUCUAUAUAGUAAAUAUCAUUAAAUUUAGUCUAAA